AGCUGCUGUGGUGCCCCCGGCCCCCCCGCUAAUCUCGCUACAAGAACAGGUGCGGAUGAGCAAGGCGCGAAGGCGACGCGCCCCAAAAGAGAGAAAGCGUGCGCGGAAAAUCUCAUCACUCCCGCCCCGCGUCGCGUGAACCUUUUAAGCAUCCCCCGAUUCCCACCCCCACCCGCGACUGCCUCCGCUUCCCCUGAUCGAGCUCCCCACCUGCCCGGCGGUGCCCCCCCCCCCCCUCCCGGACAAAGUUGUGGCCGUCCCGAUCUGUUCCGGCGGCGGGGCACGGUGGUUUCGCCAUUCUGGCUGUUGGGGGCGGUUCUUGCUCAGUUUUGGGCUGCUUGACCACCUACUUCUGGGCUGGGGCUUCGCGAUCCGUCCCGCGCUGCGGUUGCGGAAAGGCCGUGCCUUUUCCGCUCGCCGCAACGGGUGCUCCGUGCCUGCUCUCCACCAAAAAAAACCCCUCGCGAUCACGGGGAAAUAUCGCCGUCGUGGUCCGUCGACGGGGGCGGUCAGUGGCGUCAAGGUCUCAUCUCUUUUGGUGACUCUUCGCGUCGCGUCUAAAUCGCGCCAUUAAUUAGUCUUCCAGGUCAAUCCCGACGUGCUCUUGACUUGUGCCGUGCUCGACCCGUGACGCCUGCGGUUGGCGGGCGACGGGGUCAUUUUUUUUUUGUUCUUGAUUCUCUGUGCCGCGGCCGCUGCCUCAGCCCAAUGCGAGAGUGAUCGAGGGGCUCGGGAGCGGAGGAGGACCGAGCGCGGAAAGAUUCACGCGUUGGUCGCGGCGGCGGUCUUGGUCCGUGUCCGUGCGCGAGCUCGACGUAUGGUUGGUGGCGCCUGGUGGUGGUAGUGCGCAGCCGCGAUGGGUUGCGUCGCGUCCAAGAACACCGUCUCGGUGACGCCGGCGGCCGACUCGUCCGGCGCGCUCCGGGACAGGGGCCAGCCGCGCGCGCCGGAACGCGCGGCCAUGCCGUUGCCGGCGCCUACGGUGUCCGUGUCGGUGCCUUCCCUGCGCAGCUCGUCGUCCACGGCGAGGAGGUCGGAGAAGGUCAAGGACGAGGCGGAGGAGCCGGGGAAGGCCGUCGUCGCCGUCGCAGCCGCGUCGCGGAGCUUCCGGCUGCGGAGCCUACGGAAAAGCCUGGAGGGGGAGCAGGUGGCGGCCGGGUGGCCGCCGUGGCUCAGCGCCGUUGCCGGGGAGGCCAUCCAGGGUUGGAUCCCGCUAAAGGUCGACUCAUUCGAGAAGCUGGAGAAGGUUGGACAAGGCACAUAUAGCAGUGUAUUCAGGGCACGGGAUCUUGAUACUGGAAAGAUUGUUGCCCUGAAGAAGGUGCGAUUCGACAAUUUUGAGCCAGAGAGUGUUAGAUUCAUGGCAAGGGAGAUACAAAUAUUAAGAAGGCUUGAUCAUCCCAAUGUCAUGAAACUGGAAGGCUUGAUUACUUCUCGGUUAUCAUGCAGCCUUUAUCUGGUAUUUGAAUACAUGGAGCACGAUCUUGCUGGACUCUGCUCCUCCCCGGACAUCAAAUUCAGUGAGGCACAGCUCAAGUGCUACAUGAAUCAGUUACUGUCAGGGCUGGAGCAUUGUCAUUCACAUCGCGUAGUUCAUCGUGAUAUCAAGGGUGCUAAUCUCCUUGUGAAUAAUGAAGGGGUUCUAAAGAUAGCUGAUUUUGGUCUUGCUAAUUACUUUGAUCCCAGCAAAAAUCAUCCUCUGACCAGCCGUGUUGUUACACUGUGGUACCGACCACCUGAACUGCUGCUAGGUUCAACUCACUAUGAUGCAGCUGUUGAUUUGUGGAGUGUUGGGUGUGUAUUUGCUGAGAUGUUUCGUGGGAAACCUAUACUGCAGGGAAGAACGGAGGUGGAACAACUGCACAAGAUUUUUAAGCUGUGUGGUUCUCCUGCUGAUGACUAUUGGAAGAAGUCAAAGUUGCCUCAUGCAACAAUAUUUAAGCCGCACCAUCCGUAUCCAAGUACCCUUCGAGAUGUCUUUAAAGAGGUACCAGAAAAUGCAUUAAGUUUACUAGAAACUCUUCUGUCGGUGGAGCCCUACAAACGUGGUACUGCAUCAGGUGCUCUUACAUCUGAGUUUUUCAAGACAAAACCUUAUGCAUGCGAACCUUCAAGCUUGCCUAAGUAUGCACCCAACAAAGAGAUGGAUGCAAAGAUACGAGAAGAUUUGCUCAGGAGAAAAGCCAGUAGCAGAGGGCAUGGGCCAGAAGCAUCAAAGAAGUCUUCAAGGCUCAGCAGAGCUGCAAGAGAACCUAGCGCGAUCACUAAGCAAACGAAUAACACAGAGGAGUCCAAAACUAAUGUAAAUGAAACUAAGGAUGGUGCAAUACAGGAUCGUACAAAAGUGAAUGGUGAUGCUAGGCUAUUUGCAGACAUACAGCCAGUGUCAGCAGCCCAUGUUAAAGAAAGGGCUGGACAUGUUAAGAAUGACUCGCGAGAGGAAAUCCCUUCCUCUGGGCCAUUGAUUGUUUCUUCAUCUAGUGGCUUUGCUUGGGCCAAAAAACCACAAGAGGAUCGUUCUUUUGCUAGAUCACGGAGCAGAUCUAGUUCAAGAUGCCAAUUUACUGCUGAGGUCGAUCAGGACAAUAAGUCACAAGCUAAAGAGAACGUUGGCUUGAGGGAACUACCUAACAGAGAUGUACAUAUUGCACGCUCCAACUCCAAAGUCCGAGAGCCUCAUGAUGUAGCAAAGCGUGCAGUUCUGAAGAAGUGGUCUCAGUUGGAGCGUCCAGAUUCAUUUGAUUCUUGUGACACCUACCACUCUCAGAAUUUUUCAAAUGCAAUAUAUCUUGGGGAUACUCUCUCAUCAAAAAAUAGCUUCAAGGACAACCAUGAUCAAGGGGAGAAGGUUGAAUAUUCAGGCCCUUUGUUAUCUCAGUCACACAAGGUUGAUGAACUGUUAGAGAGGCAUGAGCGACACAUCCGGCAAGUUGUUCGAAAAUCAUGGUUCGGGAGAGGAAGAAAGCAAGACAAGUGAGAGGAGAGCCUUGACAUUUCUUUCAUUAUAUGGUAAAUAGUGAAGGGAUCGUGUCAGUUUCUGAUGAGUUCCUCUCCUGCCAAAAUCGGGAACUGGCAUGUUGGCACCGGCUGCAUCGGAUGAUAGCAUCGUUGAUCUGAAGACCAUAUUGGAAACACCAACUUAUGAUCCCAGCUCACAGCAAAAAUCGAGAAAUUGUGCUUCAAUCACUGCUUCCACUACAUUACAAUAUGGCGACAAUUCUUUUCGUUCUCCAACCUUGUUUUGCCUAAAAAUAACAGCUGACGAACGAUAUAGUGUGGUUAAUCACCCAUUUGUGUAGUUGAGAACCAAUAACCACCACACCAUGGUGCGAUCAUUGUAAAGGCAGCCUCUGUAAAAAAGUGAAAUCGAAGAUUUGUCAUGCUCUCAUACUCUUACUCUGUAACAUCCCUCACUGUUACUGGUAAAGUGGUAAUGACAAACGUACAAACAGCUCAGGUUGAUGGAAA